UAAAGCCUUGUUUUAGCUAAACACGACACCAUUUUAGCUAAGCGAAGUCCCGGUGACCGGGCGUGAAUUUUUAUUUUUUUUAGAAGCACCGGUGGAUUUUUUUCUUUUCCUUUAUGCUAAACCAAAGCGGGGGCAAUGAACGGGCCGAGCUGCUUCUUCUAAAUGUCGGAUUUCAUUAUUUGUCGGCCUACCCGUGAAGCGGCGGCGGUGGUGGCGGGGGCGAGGGACGGCACGAGACGAGACGGGGUCCGCGAGGAGGGUGCAUACACAAAAUACUUUCCCUUUAAAGCGGAGAGGGACAGAGGGGGUGAAGGAGAGAUUAAAAAAAGAAAAGGAAGAAAGACCGAGAGGGAGGGAGGGCGGAGAGAGAGUUUGAAAAAAAGAGAAAGAUGUCAUCCUGUCGAUUGAAACACCGAGGCGGAGCCAUGGACCGCGGCCGACCAGGAGUUCUCUAGUUAGGGGACGAGCUGUACGCAACGCCGAGGCUUGGGACCCGACGCUGCGGCCUUUUUUUUUCUCUCCCGGAGCUAUCGCAAAAAUAAAUGACUCCUGAGCACCUGCUAUGAUUAGCACUACAUCCUCUUCUGUAUAAAAUAGUCUCUAUUUUUGCAUGCAAUUCACCAAAUUUUAUUACAGUAGACAUAAGCAAAUGAUAUGAAAAAAUGCACCAUUAAAGCAAGCAUGAACCAUUUUGUCGCAUUUACAAAAAGCAUCUUGUCAGUGCCUGUUUAACGCCAAGAGAUUGCCAUAUUAAUUCAUAACUCAUAGCAGCCGAAUGACUCAUAAGUGUUAGCCGAUUUAAGCUAAAUAUCGUCCGUUGUCAUUCUAUAUUUUCCAUGAAUUAACCCGGGCAGGUGGAGCGGAGAUAAAGGCCUCAGAUAUUGUUUUCAUAGCAGCAGUUUGAGCGUUUCUUCCGCGGCUCCGUUCCCCUCCUCCCUCCCCUCUUUGCUCCCGAGCUGCUAGCUGUUAGUCCCCGGCUGCAGUGUUCACGAUGGAUACCUCCUGGAGUAAUUUCCUCUUUCAGACGCCGUCGACUCAGAGCCAACCUGAGACGCCGCUUCAGGCUGAGCUGCUGCCGGAGCUCACCGGCCCGGCUCAGAGUCCUCCAGCUGAACACAUCGUCACGCCGCCUUCCACAGUCGACACAGCUGCCCUGAGCGAGGAGCCGAUACCUGUCAAACCGCUCACCAAGCCGAGCCGGCCGGCCCACAUCUGCGCCACCUGCAACAAAGAGUUCAAGAACAGCUACAACCUGCGGCGGCACCAGUCGGUGCACACGGGCAUCAAGAUGAAGGACCGAGCCGCCCGAGAGAAGGAGGACGCGGGGAAAGGAGGCCGGGUGGAGAAGCAGACGGUCCCUCUCUCUCUCCUCCACCUCACCCUGCCCCCGCAGCCACCUCCUCCUCCCCUUCCCCCCAACGCCUCUGCCGCUGCCCCGGAGACCCUCCCCCAGCCCGGUCAGCUCGCCAACCAAGAGAGCCAGCCGGUCUCUGUGUCCAUCGCCCCGGCAACCGUAACCAUGGCUGCACCGCCUCAACCCAUCCAGGCAGCUGUUGUUGUUGUGGGCUCCAUGGAGCAGAAUCCAACUCCCAAUCCCAACACUAACCAGGUGAGGAAGAACCACGCCUGUGAGGCCUGCGGGAAGGCCUUCAGAGACGUCUAUCACCUCAACCGUCACCGGCUGUCCCACUCGGACGAGAAGCCGUACUCCUGCCCGAUCUGCCAGCAGCGCUUCAAGAGGAAAGACAGGAUGAGCUACCAUGUGCGCUCACACCAAGGCGGCGUGGAGAAACCCUACGUCUGUCCUCACUGCGCCAAGGCCUUCUCUCGACCAGACCACCUCAACAGCCACGUCCGACAGGUGCACUCUACAGAGAGACCGUUCAAGUGCACGACGUGCACGUCAGCGUUUGCCACGCGGGAUCGUCUCCGUGCUCACCUGGUCCGCCACGAGGAGAAGGUGCCGUGUCACAUCUGUGGGAAGCUGUUGUCUGCUGCGUACAUCACCGACCACAUGAGGGUCCACAACCAGUCGCAGCACCACGCCUGUCACCUCUGCAACCGCAGCUUCACCACCCUCACCUUGCGUGUCCACGCUCAGAAGCACCACGGUCAGGAGUGGAAGGAGAGCGGCGGGGCACGGGGGGGUUUCGGUGGGACGGGGGCCGGCGGGGUGCUGCUCUGCCAGCUGUGCGGGGUGCAGUGCAAGACGGCAACACAGCUCCAGGGGCACAUGGGCACCCACGCCAACCAGGGCGACCCAGUCCCCGACCCCACAAGCGCUGGUCCCGUGGGCACCACCAGUGUGGCCGUCACUGUGUCCAGUGCUAGCGCAGUGGGACUGCUGGUAACUGACUGCUCCAGUAUUGCGCCCCAGCCCCACAGCUAG